GAGGGCGAGAGUGACACGCUCCCGCCCCCCCGCCCCAGAGGGUGGCUCAGGAGGGGAUGGUGUGUAUCGCGGAGGCGGUGGCCGCUCCGGCUCCUCCACCGCCCCGCCCCUUUGCCAUGGAUCUGCCCAGGGCCCCGCGGCCCGCACAGAUAUGAGGCAUCUGUUAGUAAGCUAAAAGUGACUGAACCAUGGCUCAGUUUCCAACACCUUUUGGGGGCAACCUGGAUAUCUGGGCCAUAACUGUGGAAGAGAGAGCUAAACAUGAUCAGCAGUUCCAUAGUCUGAAACCAACAUCUGGAUUUAUCACUGGUGAUCAAGCUAGGAACUUUUUUUUCCAAUCUGGAUUACCUCAGCCGGUGUUAGCACAAAUAUGGGCACUGGCUGACAUGAACAAUGAUGGGAGGAUGGACCAGAUGGAGUUUUCUAUUGCUAUGAAACUUAUCAAACUAAAACUACAAGGUUAUCAGCUCCCCUCUGCACUCCCUUCUGCCAUGAAGCAGCCUCCCAUUGCUAUUCCUGGUGCACCAGGGUUUGGUAUUGGGGGCAUUGUCAGCAUGCCAUCUCUUACAGCUGUAGCCCCAGUACCAAUGGCGUCCAUUCCAGUAGUAGGAAUGUCUCCACCUUUAGUAUCUUCUGUUCCUACAGCAGCAGUGCCUCCCCUGGCUAAUGGAGCUCCUGCUGUUAUACAACCUCUGCCUGCUUUUGCUCAUCCUGCCACAUUGCCAAAGAGUUCUUCCUUUAGUAGAUCUGGACCUGGGUCACAGUUAAACGCUAAACUGCAAAAGGCACAAUCAUUUGAUGUGGCUAGUGUGCCUUCUGUAGCAGAAUGGGCUGUUCCUCAGUCAUCAAGACUGAAAUAUAGGCAGCUGUUCAAUAGCCAUGACAAAACGAUGAGUGGACAUUUAACAGGUCCACAAGCAAGGACUAUCCUUAUGCAAUCAAGUUUACCACAGGCGCAGUUGGCUACAAUAUGGAAUCUUUCGGAUAUUGACCAAGAUGGAAAACUUACAGCAGAAGAGUUUAUUCUGGCUAUGCACUUAAUUGAUGUGGCCAUGUCUGGCCAGCCAUUGCCACCUGUACUGCCUCCAGAAUAUAUUCCACCUUCAUUUAGAAGAGUACGCUCUGGCAGUGGCAUCUCUGUAAUAAGCUCAGUAUCUGUAGACCAGAGGUUGCCAGAAGAACCAGUGUUGGAAGAAGAACAGCAACAAUUGGAAAAGAAAUUGCCAGUUACGUUUGAAGAUAAAAAGCGUGAGAACUUUGAACGUGGCAAUCUGGAGCUUGAAAAGCGGAGGCAGGCCCUUCUGGAGCAGCAACGCAAAGAGCAAGAGCGGCUAGCACAACUGGAACGGGCAGAGCAGGAAAGGAAAGAACGCGAACGACAGGAGCAAGAACGUAAAAGACAACUGGAGCUAGAAAAGCAAUUAGAAAAACAACGCGAAUUGGAACGUCAGCGAGAAGAAGAAAGGCGGAAAGAAAUAGAAAGGCGUGAGGCUGCAAAAAGGGAACUUGAAAGGCAAAGACAACUUGAGUGGGAGCGUAAUCGUCGGCAGGAACUACUAAAUCAAAGAAACAAAGAACAAGAGGACAUAGUUGUAUUGAAGGCAAAGAAGAAGACUUUAGAAUUUGAGUUGGAAGCUCUGAAUGAUAAAAAACAUCAGCUGGAGGGAAAGCUUCAGGAUAUCAGGUGUCGAUUGUCUAUCCAAAGACAUGAAAUUGAGAGCACAAACAAAUCUAGAGAACUGAGAAUUGCAGAAAUUACACACUUGCAACAGCAGUUACAGGAGUCUCAGCAGAUGCUUGGAAGGUUGAUUCCAGAAAAACAGUUACUCAAUGACCAACUAAAACAAGUUCAGCAGAACAGUUUGCACAGAGAUUCUCUUCUUACUAUCAAAAGAGCCUUAGAAGCCAAGGAACUAGUACGCCAGCAGCUUCGAGACCAACUAGAUGAAGUAGAAAAAGAAACCAGAUCCAAACUUCAGGAGAUCGAUAUUUUCAAUAAUCAACUGAAGGAGCUGAGAGAGAUACAUAACAAGCAGCAGCUUCAGAAGCAAAAGAACUUAGAAGUUGAGAAGUUGAAACAGAAGGAACAAGAGAGGAAGACGGUAGAACUGGAAAAGCAAAAAGAAACCCAAAGACGAAUCCAGGAAAGGGAUAAACAGUGGCUUGAUCGAGUGCAACAGGAGGAAGAGCACCAGCAGCAAAAAAAACUUCAGGAAGAUGAAAAGCCAAAAAGGGAAGAAAUAAUCAAGAAAACAGACAGUGAGGAUAAGGGCAAACAGGAAAUGCAAGAUAAACUGAAUAAGCUUUUCCAUCAAUAUCAAGAGCCAGCCAAGCCAGCCAUCCAGGCGCCCUGGUCAAGUGCAGAGAAAGCUCCACUAACUAUUUCUGCUCAGGAGGAUGUAAAAAUAGUAUAUUAUCGAGCAUUGUAUCCUUUUGAAGCCAGAAGCCAUGAUGAAAUCUCUAUUCAGCCAGGUGACAUAGUCAUGGUGGAUGAAAGCCAGACUGGAGAACCUGGGUGGCUUGGAGGAGAACUGAAGGGAAAGACUGGAUGGUUCCCUGCAAACUAUGCAGAGAAAAUACCUGACAACCAAGUUCCAACCUCUGUGAAACCAAUAGUCGACACUACUGUUGCAUCUAAAGUUUCUUUGAGUGAAACGCCCCCAACGCCAGCAGCUCCAGCAGAAUCUACUGCAACCACCAACAACUGGGCCGACUUCAGUUCAACGUGGCCAACCAGCACCAGUGAGAAACCAGAGACUGAUAAUUGGGAUGCAUGGGCAGCUCAACCUUCUCUGACUGUUCCAAGUUCAGGGCAGGUGAGGCAGAGAUCAGCCUUCACCCCAGCCACUGUUACCGGAUCAUCACCUUCUCCUGUCCUGGGGCAGGGUGAAAAAGUAGAGGGCCUUCAAGCACAGGCCUUGUAUCCUUGGAGAGCCAAAAAAGACAACCACCUCAAUUUUAACAAAAAUGAUAUCAUCACAGUUCUGGAACAGCAAGACAUGUGGUGGUUUGGAGAGGUCCAAGGUCAAAAGGGAUGGUUUCCCAAAUCAUAUGUGAAACUCAUUUCAGGCCCCAUAAGAAAGUCGACAAGCAUGGAUUCUGGUUCUUCAGAAAGUCCUGCUAGUCUAAAGAGAGUAACAUCACCAGCAACUAAACCUGCUAUGUCAGGUGAAGAAUAUAUUGCCAUGUACACAUAUGAGAGUUCAGAACAAGGAGACUUAAUCUUUCAACAAGGAGAUAUGAUUCUUGUGACAAAAAAAGACGGUGACUGGUGGACAGGAACAUUGGGUGACAAAUCUGGAGUCUUUCCUUCUAAUUAUGUGAGACUGAAAGAUUCUGAGGUCCCUGGAACUGCUGGAAAAACAGGAAGUUUAGGGAAGAAACCUGAAAUUGCCCAAGUUAUUGCCUCUUACACAGCAACAGGACCUGAACAACUUACCCUGGCUCCUGGUCAACUGAUACUCAUCAGAAAGAAGAAUCCAGGUGGAUGGUGGGAGGGAGAGCUCCAAGCACGAGGGAAAAAACGACAGAUAGGAUGGUUCCCUGCUAACUAUGUAAAACUUUUAAGUCCUGGUACCAGUAAAACUACACCAACUGAGCCACCUAAAUCAACAGUAUUACCUUCUGUGUGCCAAGUAAUUGGCAUGUAUGACUACACUGCACAGAAUGACGAUGAACUGGCAUUCAAUAAAGGCCAGAUCAUAAACGUCCUGAACAAGGAUGACCCAGAUUGGUGGAAAGGAGAAGUGAAUGGACAAGUGGGUCUCUUCCCAUCCAACUAUGUGAAACUGACAACAGAUAUGGACCCAAGCCAGCAAUGGUGUGCUGACUUACACCUCCUGGACAUGUUGACACCUACUGAAAGGAAAAGGCAGGGAUACAUCCAUGAACUGAUCGUAACAGAAGAGAACUAUGUAAAUGACCUGCAGUUAGUCACAGAGAUCUUCCAGAAACCACUGAUGGAGUCUGAGCUGCUAACAGAAAAAGAGGUUGCUAUGAUUUUUGUUAAUUGGAAGGAGCUGAUUAUGUGCAAUAUCAAACUACUGAAAGCACUGCGUGUUCGUAAAAAGAUGUCUGGGGAGAGGAUGCCAGUGAAAAUGAUUGGCGACAUACUGACCGCACAGCUACCGCACAUGCAACCUUACAUCCGGUUCUGUAGCUGCCAGCUCAAUGGGGCAGCAUUAAUCCAGCAGAAAACAGAUGAAGUCACAGAGUUCAAGGAGUUUGUUAAAAGGUUAGCAAUGGAUCCUCGCUGCAAAGGAAUGCCGCUGUCAAGUUUUCUGCUAAAGCCUAUGCAAAGGGUAACGAGAUACCCGCUAAUAAUUAAAAAUAUAAUAGAAAACACUCCUGAAAAUCACCCUGAUCACAGUCACUUGAAGCAUGCUCUGGAGAAAGCGGAAGAAUUGUGUUCCCAAGUAAAUGAAGGGGUGCGUGAGAAGGAAAAUUCAGACAGGCUGGAGUGGAUACAGGCUCACGUGCAAUGUGAAGGCCUGUCUGAGCAACUGGUCUUUAAUUCUGUUACAAACUGCUUGGGACCACGCAAGUUUCUGCACAGUGGGAAACUCUACAAAGCCAAGAGCAACAAGGAACUGUAUGGUUUUCUGUUCAAUGAUUUCCUCCUGCUGACUCAGAUCAUAAAGCCUCUUGGUUCCUCUAGUACAGACAAGGUCUUCAGCCCCAAGUCUAAUCUGCAGUAUAAAAUGUAUAAAACUCCCAUUUUUCUAAAUGAGGUACUAGUAAAAUUACCCACAGAUCCUUCUGGAGAUGAGCCCAUCUUCCAUAUCUCCCACAUUGAUAGAGUCUACACGCUUCGUGCAGAAAGCAUAAAUGAAAGGACUGCCUGGGUUCAGAAAAUUAAAGCUGCUUCUGAACUUUACAUAGAGACUGAGAAGAAGAAGAGAGAAAAGGCCUACUUAGUUCGCUCCCAAAGGGCAACAGGCAUUGGAAGGUUGAUGGUGAACAUUGUGGAAGGCAUUGAACUAAAACCCUGCAGGUCACAUGGAAAGAGUAACCCAUACUGUGAGGUGACAAUGGGCUCUCAGUGUCACAUCACCAAGACUAUGCAGGACACUCUCAACCCUAAAUGGAACUCUAACUGCCAAUUCUUUAUCAAAGAUCUGGAGCAGGAUGUACUCUGCAUAACUGUGUUUGAGAGGGAUCAGUUCUCCCCAGAUGACUUUUUGGGACGAACUGAAAUCCGCGUGGCGGACAUUAAGAAAGAUCAGGGCUCAAAAGGACCAGUUACAAAGUGUCUCCUCCUGCACGAAGUCCCAACAGGAGAGAUCGUAGUCCGACUAGAUCUGCAAUUGUUUGAUGAACCUUAGGGGAAAAUGCACCAAUGUUUCACGUUAAUCUGAGUUCACUGCAAUAGGUGUCUGCAGAAGCUGUCUAGAAAUCCUUAUUCGUUUUAUAUGAAACUACUGCUUGUUCUUCAUGUGCAAGGGGGUUAUCAAAGCAAACAGGAAAAUCUAUGUGCCUUGAUAAUCCUUACUGAAAAUUGAUUCCCAGUUUUGGGAGCAGAUCUCUGUCUCUGUUUGGAACUUCAUUAUAGUUUUCAGGGUUUCUGAAGUAACAUAGUUGUAACUUGUGCUCCAAGCUGAAAGGUGAACAAACCAUGUAGGUUGUUGCACUUACUCCAGUUACUGUAAUGUUUAAUUUAAAUGAAGAGGGCACUGAUUGUAUGUUUGAAGGCUUUCUGUAAACUUCCCCAUAGGAAUUAUGUGCCUAUUGCCCCACAAAGCGGUGUAUAAACAUGACAUGAAUGAACACUUCCCAGGUAAGAAGAUCUCUGACUUUCUUUAGGAUUGUUAUGGUUGUAUUUGAAAUGUUGUUGUUUUUAAAUAUAUAAAUAUAUAUAUAUAUUAAACACAGAAGGUACCAUUAUUGCAUUCUCAAAAUAAGGUUUAAAAGAAACAUAAACAGCGCACAGGCCUUGUGCUAGCGCUCUCCACAGCAGUGAAUUUCACCCUAACAGAGUACCAUCAUUUCCUGGAGAUUUGUAAAUGUUUAAACAAUAUGUGAAGGAGAUAGAAUGUUGUACUGUACCACUUCUUUACUACUGCUGCUUAAUUGUAUGAAAGCUGCUGGAUGAUCAAGUCACCAGCUGUGACAAGAAAUCACUGCUCUAGCUCAGGAAGCUAAUUUCUACCCUGUAGAGUCUAGUUUGCAAAGCAAUCAAUGGUGACUGGUUAUUAAAUUGUACUGUGCCUAAACGUAUUUGACAUCUUGGUUUUGAAAUCAGGACAGUAGCAUACUGUAGCUCACAAAAGGCGUUCAUUGCAAACCAGGUUCAUUCCGAGUUUGUUGGCUACAUUAGAUGUGACCAAAAAAAGAAAUAAAAUCUUUGUUUGUGAUUGUACAGAGUGAGUAACCCCAAAGUAAAAGGGGUCUUGUUGUCAUCUUGGGGGCAGGGCAGAGAUUGACACACGUAAUUCCCCACACAUAUGUAGGCCCCGAUUCAGAAAAACCUUCCCUGUUCAGCAAAGAACCUAACUUUACAUAUGUGCUUAAGUCCCAUGUACCUUAAGGAUAUGCUCAGUUGCUUUUCUGAGUUGGGACCUCCAAGGACAAUAGAGCCCCAUAAGAGAGUAAAGUCCAUCACUGUUCUGCUUAGAGUCCUUUUGUUCAUUACCUAGGUAUCAUGCAUAAACUGGUAUUUUUGUAAUGACUUUAUUUCAGAAUGAGGUGUCAACCCUUUCAUUGGCAUGUUAAUGUUCUUGUGGAGCUUGUUGGUAGGUUUUGAUGUUCUUUGCAUGUUGUUUUGGUACUAGUUCUGACCUUUCCUGUAUAGACGGUGUUCUCUGGAGACCACUAAAAGUCGUCAUGAUUUCCAUUAGGAAAUUAGGAUAUCUUCAUAAUGGAUAGCUAGAUGCAGUAUGGUAGUAAGUGUAAACUGUGCUGGGAAAUGUCUGUGUGUUAUAAUUUCCUUCACGACCACUGUAAUGUUUCAAGAAAUUGAAAAACAAAAUCCUGUAUGUUGGAAGGACAAUGAAGUUUACAUUUCAUACUUUAAAAAUCUCUUUAUUAUUUAUUUAUUGAUGAUAGUGUAGAAUUUUGUAUCAGAAAUGACAGACAUUCGUAUGUAUUUUUUGAACAAAACAGAGAUACACACUUCAGUUAGAAACUGUCAACUGACCAAGUUUUAGAGGAAGUUUAACUUCAAAGCAUGUGUUUGUUUACCACUAACUGGCUGAAAACACAAUUAAAAGAACUUUUAAGUUUCUAUUUUUCAAUGUUGUUAAGAAAAAUGUUUCAAUUAAAAUCUGUAAAUAGAACUAAACCCGUGGCUUCCUAUUUCCAUAUCAGUACAUUUUAUUAAAUAUAAUGUAUAUGAAAAUACACAUUGUUGUGGUAGGAAAAAAAGUGGAGUAACAUUAAAUGUCAUUGUUCUAACCUUUUUACUGCUGUCCUAAUUUUAAUCACCAGCUGUAAAUAAGUUUGUGUUCUAAUUCAUGAUUUACAAAGUAGUUACACUUGCAGGGUCACUUUUAAAGGGCUCUGGUCACCCAGGAUGAAUUCCAGUGACAAAAUUGGAACAUCUUGGGUUUAAAGAAAAAUCUAAGCUAUGAUUUUGAAAGGACCCUAAGAGAGGUACCCAAAUUCUGUUGAAAUUCAAUAAGAGCUGGACACUUAACUUCUAUAGGCGUCCAUGAAAAUGUCAGCCCUAAUCUCUAACAUGGCUGAUCACACCUUAUUUUGUAAUUGUAACAGAUCUGAGAGCUUGUUUGGCUAAUAUCACUUCUCUCAAAUGAUAGCCUAAUCUUGAGGUACAAGGAUGUAUGUGUAUAAUCCUUAUUAAUGCAAAUUGGAGACAUAUAAAGAUGAUGAUGGGGUGAAGCAUGGGGGUUCACCAGCACCUUUCUCCCUUAAUCACAUGGGCUACAAGAACCUAAUCCCAAAUCCUUGUGCAUCAAGGUUACCAAGUGUCCCUUACAGUGCAUCGAGAUAUCCCUUUUCUUUUUCUCUCCCUAUCAUGCUCUGGGGUGCAGUUCAGACCACUGAGAGAUUGUCACUGUUUAUAUUAUAACCCUGAGUUCCCCAGAAUGCUUCUGCUACUUUUGGCUCCCAGCCUGGAACACACACAUGUAGCCAGCAUAUGCUUUGUGCGAUAUACAGCUGUGAUUCAACCACUUAGAAUCCAACAGCCAGCCAGCAGUUAUCACAGCCACGCUUUUGUCUUUCCCAGACUCGGAUAAGAUUAGCAGAUGACCUCAACAGACCUCCAGUCCCAAACUUCCCCAAAGCCAUGCGCUCUGAAAUGUUCAGCUCUCUCCUGCAACAUUCAGAAGAAUAAUAGAGUCCACUUUUCCUUUAAAGAGACAAUCCCAAACCACUUGCUAAAUUAAUUGGCGUUAACAUUCACUUUAAUUCAAACACAGCAUUGCGGUGAAACGAGUUGUCGAACAAAAGAAGAGGAUUUUAAGUAAGUUCAAGUACAAGAAAUAAAGUUAGAAAUAGUUAUAAGAAAACACAUCUAAAACUUAAUCUGGCAAGGUUCAGGCUUUGCUCAAGAUGAUUUUUCUCACUCCUCUCUACUUCCCAUCUUUCUUCUUCCCAGCCAUGACUGACUUUCCCUCAGUCAGGACCUUACAAAGAAGUAUAAGAUGCUGGCUUUGUUUGUCUUCCUAGUUGAAAAAUCUUUGCCUAAGCAGGUUUGUCACCUACAUUCAGUCUCCAGAGACUUCAACCUCCCACCCCCACACUGGACUGCAAGAUGCAUCUUCCUCAGCUUGCAAGAGCUCUGUUCCCAUGUGUCUGUCUAGUGAUGGACACCAAAGAUGGCUUCUGUCUUUGCAUAUAUCUUCCAAUGUUUCAAGAGGCAGGAUGACCUCAGGUUGUUCUUCCCUCCCUGUGGACUUCCCAUCCCCCAUAGUUAAAUAGGGUCCCAUUGUUUUGAUUCCACCACCCUUAAUUUACAUUGGAGACAGUAAAUAACGCCUUCUCUGCUAUCUUGGGGGGAACCUGUUUUUCCCUGUUUGGCCACAGAUUUUAAAGCUUAAAUAUUAUAAGUAUCCAUAUUUCCUCAUACAGUGUAAUACAUACAUUUCACAAUAUUAAUCACUAGUGUUGUGUUAGUUUUCAGAAAAGAUCUCUUGAUACAUUUUUAUAAUACAGUAAUAUUGGACACAGUCAGUUGAUUCAAUUGCUUAUCACUUAAGCCCCCCACAUGUCUUUAUAGAGCAGCAAACCUUUGAAAUGGAGUCUUCCCAGAAUUACCCCUCAAAGGAAAGUUUAUUCAAGCCGUGAGGAAGGCGACAUGGAGUUGGUGAUGAAGGAGGCUCCAGGUUCUUACUUCCUCCACUUUUUAAGCUUAAUAGCUUUGUUUACCUAAUACAUAAAAAUGGACCUUCAUUGGCUUUGGCUGAAGACUGGGCUGGUCAGAGAAUCAAAUACGCAUUCCUUUGUCUAAGGCAGACCUAUUUACCAACUCCCCCUGACGUGCCUGGUUUAAACACACUUUAGUCAUAAUUCCAGUAUAUUCGUAACUUUUAAUACUCACUGUGUACAUAUAUUUACAAGAAUAUUCAUGAUCAGCAAGUUAUUAGUUUUCAAAUGAUACCUCACAAGGCAUAUUUUGUACAGAGGUUAUUAUAAUAGUGUGCUGGGUGUGAAUAGAGGGAGCUUAGUGUCACACUUCUAUUCACACUAAAUAGUCUGUAAUAUAGUGGCACUGUCAGCUUCUGAAACUGAAUUGUUUUAAGAGGGUUAACCCAAAGCCCGAAAGUCUAUAGAUAUUGAUCAAUUAUUAUCCAUUUUUCCCUAUUCAGGAAUUAGACAACCUUCCACAUUGUUUGUAAUGAUUCUAUGACUGCAAGGGACUUCAUGCUUGUCAGCUAUUCUGCACCUCAUGACUGCACAGCCCUCCCAGUCAUCAAGGAUUUUAUGAUCCCAAAGCACAAACCUCUGUCACUUAAGUAAAUGAGAGUCUCUGUUGGCUGAAGUCCUAUUAGGGCUUGUAUCUUCUGGAAAUGAGCCCUAGAGAACAAUAUAGUCACACAGACAUUUGACUAAGACUGACAUUCUGACUAGUAGGGGGAUAAGAGACACAUAGAUAGUAGCCAGUACCUUACGUUGUAUGGAAAAUAAUUACUGUACAAAUAUUCCUUUAUUGUAUUUAUAGAGUAUACUGGCAGUACCAUGAUAUUUGAAUAUUGACCAGUAAUCUUAGAAGGGCAAUACAUUGAUCAUCAUGCAGUGUAACCUCAGUCUGUUCUCCUUUCAACACUUAAUAUUUAUAUUUCAAUAGCCCCCAGCGGUCUCCAUUGUGAUCAGGGCCCCAUUGUGCCAGGCACUGUACAAACAAAGGUGGACAGAAUCUCUGCCCUAAAGGGCUUACAGUCUAAAACCCCAAUCCUACAAUAUGAUAGAUGUGGGCAGAUCGCUGCUGACUUCACUAGCACUCCUGGUGGGUGUCUGUGACUCCUGACAGGUCAGACUCCAGGAUGGGAUCCUGCAAAGGUUUCUUUGAACUGCAUGGUUUUGGUUUUGUAUUGCGCCUGAGGAAUUUUGCCUUUUUCCUUGACGAGUCUUCAAAGAGACUUCAAACCUGCAGCAGAAUCUUGGCAUUCAAGCCUAUCAUGCAAAAUAGUUGACUCUAAAUUUGCAGCAGCAGCAGCAGCAGAGAGAUUUCAUUAAAGUAACACAGAGUUCAGUAACACACAACCUCCUGCACCCCACAGAUGCCUAUUCUAGUAACUCAAGGGAAAUUCAAACUGUUGUGCAUCUUCAUGCUGUGUUUGGUACUCUCAGCUAUCCCUUUUCCUGCACCUGGCAAGGAUUCUACUCUGCAUGCUUUUGAAGUCCCCUGACAGUGAGCUGUUCUCUGUAUAAUGGACUUGUCUGCUUCCAGUAUCAGGGAGAGUCAUAUUCAUGAGAGAUUUGCUUCUGCCCGCCCCAGUUAUUGUAGUAGUGAGCAAUCUCUCACCCCUAGCCAUGGGGAACAGGCAUGUCAGUCUGCCAGUUGAAGAUCUUGAAUCUUAGAGCACUAGACAGAACUAUCUCCAUCUUUAGUGUUCUUUGCUCAGGGACUGAAGCCCCUACUCCUUCACUAACAUCCCCCAAGGACAGUGAGGUCCCUCCUACUGUCCUACCCACACCACAGCAGGAGGAAAGUCUCAUACUUCCUGUCCACUUCCCCUUGGUCACAACUUCCAAUUUCCUGCUUCUUUACAGCCAGAAACCCUACUUCCUAUCUGGCCCUUCUAGAAACUCCUUGAGUUAUACACAUAGCAUUAUUCAGUGUCCUCGGGGUUAAAUAGAAACAGACCUUCAGACGUUAAAAAUAAUCAAAUAAAAACAAUUGGCGGCACUACGUCUUCUAAGGAGCUGACCCUCAGAGGCGCUCACCUAGUGCAAAGCCCAUUGACUUCAGUGGGAGUUGCGCAUUCACCCACAAAAGCUUAUGCUCUAAUACGUCUGUUAGUCUUUAAGGUGCCACAGGACUCUUUGUUGAUUUUUACAAGUGCUCAGUGCCUCUCAGAAUCAAGCCCUAGAAAAACAGAGCUCAUGUGUCUGUGGUGUGUGGCAUGGCACUGCGUCAUGCAAUUUCUAUAUGUCAGCACACAUUUGCUGAUCUCUUGUCAAAUGAGCUGGCCUGCAAGACCAGUUCACUGACUCCUGCAUCCAUGCACACUUGCAGGUGCAGGUACUCCACAGUAUCAGAGGGGUAGCCAUGUUAGUCUGGAUCU